UUGCAGAAAGCGCUAGUUAUUUAUUAUUUAUACUUUCUUACUUAUUAUGGGUUUUUCUUAUUAUGGGUUUUUCUUAUUAUUUGUUUGUUUUUUGCCUCGUUUGUGGUGCUUGUCUGUUGUGUGAUGAAGGAUUUGUUGUUGUUGUUUCAGGCCACUCGCGUGUUGAUGUGUUGAGUUUGGCGUGUUGACCGCAGGUGUCAGCAGCAGCGGACAGUGCGCAUGCCCACACUGUCGUCCGUUUCCAAUGAUGUCGUUAAAUAGGAGCCUCCCGUUGUUUAUUUUAAUGAUAGCAUGGCAAACACAACUUACCGAUGUUAAUGAACUAGAUCAGUAUGUAACGGCUCAAUUGGUUUGUUUCUUGUUUCCACACGCGAAUUUUGUUAAAGAACAGAAGCACUCUCGCGAUGUUAUCCUAUCUUCUAUUCAAUCUGCCUGGAAUUCUCGCGGGAGUAGACGGUUGUUUCUGAGCAUGAGGGCGAGCCACCCUUAUUCUCGCGAGAGCACGCCCUGUCUCCAUUCCACACUGCGUGUGAUUCUCGCGAGAGCGGAAGCGGAAGAUGGCAGAUGGCUCGAGCUCGUAGGGUGUGUGUGUGUCGUUUGUUUACCGUUCGACGCGUCGCUCCGGUGUGUGUUUCAUUCCCGCCCGUGUCCGUUGAGUCACCGGAGCGUGUUCAUGUUGUGCAGGCUGCUGUUUAACACCGCUCAUCUGUCUCAAUAUGACGGGAGAGAAGAUCCGCUCGGUGCGCAAAGAGCGCAAGUCGGGUUUGGAUCUGCUGGAGCCGGACGAGGAGCCGGCGGCCACCGGGCCCGUCAAAGCCAACAAAACCAACAAGGUCUUCAGCAACCAUAAGAUCAUCCGAUCCGGUUCACACCACAACCACGGCGACACUGACAGUGUGUAUCCCGUGCACGAGUGUGUGUUCAGAGGAGACGUGCGCAAGCUGUCAUCGCUCAUCCGAACGCAGAACAUCGCGCAGAAGGACGUGCACGGUAACACACCUCUUCAUCUGGCUGUUACGAUGGGUCAUAAAGAAUGUGCUCAUCUGCUGCUGGCCCACAAUGCACCAGUGAAGGUGAAGAACGCUCAGGGCUGGAGUCCACUCGCUGAAGCCAUCAGUUACGGAGACAGACAGAUGAUCACGGCUCUCCUGCGUAAGCUGAAACAGCAGUCACGAGAAAGUGUGGAGGACAAGAGACCCCGACUGCUGAAAGCCCUGAAGGAGCUUGGAGAUUUUUAUUUGGAGCUUCAUUGGGAUUUUCAGAGCUGGGUGCCUUUACUGUCACGCAUUUUACCCUCUGACGCCUGCAAGAUCUACAAACAGGGCAUCAACAUCCGUUUGGACACGACACUAAUCGAUUUCACAGAUAUGAAGUGUCAGCGAGGAGAUCUGAGCUUCAUCUUCAGCGGUGACGCGCUUCCGUCCGAGUCAUUCGUGGUUCUGGACAACGAGCAGAAGGUUUAUCAGCGGAUCCAUCAUGAGGAGUCCGAGGUGGAGACAGAAGAAGAGGUGGACAUUCUCAUGAGCAGCGACAUCUACUCGGCUACUCUCUCCACUAAAUCCAUCACGUUCUCACGGGCGCAGACCGGCUGGCUCUUCAGAGAGGAUAAAACGGAGCGCGUGGGGAACUUUCUGGCAGAUUUCUACAUGGUGAACGGCCUGGUUCUGGAGUCCAGAAAGAGACGCGAGCACCUGACGGAGGAGGACAUUCUGAGGAAUAAAGCCAUCAUGGAGAGCUUCAGUAAGGGAGGAAAUCUCAUCGAACAGAACUUCGAGCCGGUGAGGCGUCAGUCGCUGGCCGCUCCGUCUCCAAACACUAUAUCAUGGGAAGAGUACAUCACCACAGAGACAGGAAAAGCUCCUCAUCUCGGUCGUGAACUGGUGUGCAAAGAGAGCAAGAAGAACUUCAAGGCGACUGUAGCCAUGAGUCAGGACUUUCCUCUGGGCAUUGAGUCGUUGUUAAAUGUUUUGGAGGUCGUCGCACCGUUCAAGCACUUUAAUAAGCUCAGAGAAUUUGUCCAAAUGAAACUCCCACCCGGAUUUCCUGUUAAAUUAGACAUCCCCGUGUUCCCCACCAUCACUGCCACCGUGACCUUUCAGGAGUUCCGUUACGAUGAAUUCGACGAGUCCAUUUUCACAAUUCCCAGUGACUACAAAGAAGAUCCCAGUCGAUUUCCAGACCUCUGAGCUGUUCUCUGUUCCCGCUGACUCCCCGACCUCACAUUUCAACUUCAUCUCACUGAGGCCCGACGUCAUCACCGCUGAUGGUGUUUACAGUCAGACUAGUUUUAUUUACUUCACAUUAUAUGGAUAUAAAGGGAUCGUGCUGAAGUGACGGACGCUGCUGUGUGGAAAGGCGGCUAACUGAGAACGCUGUGGUGAACACUACGUGAUAAAGCCGAGAGAGAUCCUGGAGUUUCGCCUCACAGCGACACGGACGCCCGUCUCUUUUACUCUGUAGCUGGCAGUAAAUGUGGCAUUAUAAGUUAUGGCGUAAGCCUGGUUUUCACUGAUAUCUUUGUAAAACUCUUACAAACUUCUAUACUUCACUUAAAGAAAACGUGUAUAUUUAGGAACGGCGCGGAAGGCAUCUGUAUAUGAUUUGAACUGUAUGAAAACUUCACAACAAUGUAUAUGUCAUUUCUACAGGCAGAAGAAAACUUCUUCACACCAAUUGUAAAUACCACGUUCCUUCCCGGUUCUUCUGCUUUCUCUUUGUAUUUUUGUUGCAUUAUGGGAAAUGUUUUUUUUUUGGACGGACGGGCUCAUGUUAGCAGUUCAUCACUUCAGAGUUCAGCUGUUUUCUCACUAAAAUGUGUAUUUGUUUUUCUCGCUCUAGUGCUUGUAACAGGGAGGAUCUACAGAGCCAGACGUCCAUGUAGCAUCUGUGUUUAGAGCCCGUCACUUUCUUUUCACCUUGACAAGCGGAUGUAAAUACAUUUCAAUUUAAAAACAUUUUCACAUGACACGUGUAACUGAGAUGUACGGUAAUAGAGAUUUUAAUGUAAUGGUAAUGAGAGAUCCAGGAUCUUCUUUAGUGUUUUAUCAGUUUUAUCAGCAAGAUCACGUUUCAUGUUCUAUGGGUUUUCCUUUGCAGAAUAAGCCGCAAUAUUUCCAUGCGCGUGGAAAACGUAUUUAGUUUUACUUCCUAUUUCAAUGUUUGAUGUCUUUUUACAUUUGUUUUAUUUUCUCAGAAAUGCAUUGAACUCUCUGUCGUACAGCGGGAAUCUUGUAUUACCCUGCUAGACUUUUACAUGAAUAAAUAUGUUCACGUGUCAAACCGCGUGCUUGUUUCAGGACUUUUCAGCAGAA